AUGGCACCAUCUGCUGCGGCCGACGCAUCCUCCCUCCACGACAUCGUUUGCCGUUUAUCCCCUACCAGCAAACAACGACUCAUUGCCUUCACACAGGAAGUCGCUCUACUGGAGAUCGACGCAACAAAAAUCUUCCAAACCCUAACGGCGCUCGAAAAAACGUUUUUGGAAACGGAAAAGAUCGACCCCGUGGUAUUUCGGAACUGCUACCUCCCAAAGUCGACGCGAGCGGCUUUGAUCGCCCUGCUCCCAAGCCAACUCUUUCAGCUUCCCGACAAGACUAAGCCCAAAGUCGCAAACGCCUGCAAAUUCUGGGGCGUGAGCCAGGAGAAGCUUUUAUUUUGUCUCGGGUACGAUUACUGUAAACACGGCCAGCGCUUUUUCGACAAGCUGGUAGGCCUUUCGAAAACGUGCCCAAACUGGAAACGCUCAGUCAAGCUGCUCAACCAGAGAGCUUCAGCCCGGCGACAAGCACGAGGCGCUUCUCGAGACACUCGAAACGUCACUUUUAAAGGCGUGGAUGUGAACGCCAUCGGAAUCAUUUUGAACGAUAUCAAUGCGGUGAUCGGCGAUUUUACACCAUCCCUCCAGAAUUCUCCACAGAAGCUUCGAACACCGUCCCUUUCCCCGCCAGCUCACACGCCCUCUACAUCUUCAUCGCCGACCCCACGCCGCGAAGAGAUACCCGACCAAAGCCUUGUGCAGUCUCCGGAAGUCGGGCGAAACAACCACGAGCAUAUACACGACGACGUUACCCUGCUGCAACCCGUCCCCGACAUCCACGACGGCAGGUCGCCUAGCCCCAGCCUUCCCAGCAUCGAAGACAACGAGCAACACGUACAACAAACAAACGGCUGGGAUCCAACAAGCAUCACAGAAACCCCCUUCGAUCUCGAAAACGAGAGUGCCGAACCCGACAUCAACGUCAACAUCGACAUCGACAACGGCAACGACGACGACGACGACGACGGCGGCGGCGGCGGCGGCGGCGACACAUUCUUCCCAGCCUCUGAACAAGACGUGGGUUUUAGUAGGCUGGGACCAGCAAGGACGACUGCGCAGCUCGAGUUUCCCCUCCUCACAGCGAAAAUGGCCGAGCCUGAGAGAAAACGACGGCGGCUGGACUUUGCCACCCAGAACGACCUCCUCGCCCUCAGAGAUGACAACUGGUUGCACGGCGACUUUGUCAAUAUCCCCUUGCAGGAACUUUGCGGCAUCCAAGACCCAAAGGUUUUUGUCAUGACCUCCUACUAUACCGCAAUGCUUAUCAACAAGCCAUACCGUCCAACUGGCUGGAUCGUCGAGGGCGUGGCGACAUGCGAGCGAAUUUUCAUGGUCUGUAACUUUUCAAGGACCCACUGGGCGCUGCUUGUCAUCCAGAAGCGCGGAUUCCAAGCGGCGUCCGUCGAUCUGUACGAUUCUCUGCAAUCGUACGCAGGCGCUCAAGAAGCUCAGGGUUUAGCGGACGCUUUUAUCAGCGCAUAUCUGCCGCAAACUCCUUCCAGCAAACGCAAGUUAAUCCUAGCAACAUCGCCACAGCAACAAAAUGGGUCCGACUGUGGCGUCUUCACGGUGGCAUUUGGUCUGUUUGUCGCUUCCCGAAACCCGAUCCCCGCCCGCCUGGACGGCAGAAUUUGGCGUCGUGUCCUUGCGAUGUUUCUUGGCUCCGCGGUCACGGACUAG